GACCGGGUUUGCUCUAGACCGCAUGUCUACUCGACGUGUGCGGUCGACAGAGCACUCCCUUUUCCUCAUCACACGGCCAUCGAUUCGGCAGUCCUGCAGCACGGUCGCAUCACAGUGUUCACUGGAGCGCUGCCUACUGAUGUGACAGCUUUCUCGGACUGGAAUCAGACCGGAGUCUUCACAUUGCGUGUCGACCAGGCAACGACGCCAGGUGGCGCAUGGGCGGCUCAGUUGAGAACCACGGAUGCAUUCAGGGUGGCACAGCAUGGGAGUCUUGAUCCAGCCGCUCACAAUCAGGGUCCUGUGAGCGCUCAGUUUGCGGUGUUGGAGUAUGACGACCUUCACGCUGUGCUUGGAUCCCCAGGAUGGACGGCGAGCGCGGCUGCGCAAGCACAAUUCCUCGCAGCCGGCUGGACAGGAAUCGCAGGUCCUGUCAACAUCACAGCCCCAGCAAGAAACGCACCAGGCAGGCUUACGAUCGGAUCGCACAAGCACAUCGUUACCACGAAUCUGGCAACCAUCGAGAGCUUGAAAGAUGCUUACAGCAGCUAUCUUAGCGCGCUGGUAGCUGGUGCAGUGGUCACCCAGAUUGAUGGCAUUCAAGUGGCGGUUCGGGCGGUCGGUGCUGCUGCCCCUGGAAAUCUGGGCCAUGAAGUGGCGCCUUGGUCUGCAGCAAACCCAGCGACUGCAGGGCAGUCUUUUGACCAAGCGAUGGCAACAUUCUUCGCUGGCGCAGAAAUCACGGUCGUGGCUGUGUUCGUUGCUUCCGAAUGGACCGACGACAAUGGCAAUGAUGGCAUCAACGUGGAUGCGUUGUGGAGAUCCAUCACUGUGACCGAAUUCCAGAUUGCGACACCGGCGGAACGCCCCAUCGCAGCCGCCGCAGGCGCUGGUGCGGCAGUGGAUGCCUUUGAUAUGGCCCUCGACUCGAUCCUGGGGCAGCUGGCAUAUGGCUCCGGCCAUGACUCUUCACCCGAAUACUGGGUGUUUGAGUUUCCGGUGGUUGCAGCCCCUUUCGUUCAGCCUGCGAACUCGGGCAGUGCGGCUGUUACCAACGCAGGGUUGGCGGCAAAUGGCCUGACAGGCGCAUCGAGGCAAGUGGUGCAACAGAUGCUGGAUUGCGAUCUUCGUCAGUCAAGUACCGUGGGGCUUGCCAAAUUGGGAGGAGACCACACGCUUGGUGGCAGUGAUUCGCACUUAAGUGGGAUCGUCGAGAAAGUGGCCCUUUCUUGCCAGCAUAUUGCAGAAGGUGCUGCUUUCCGCUGGAAUCAGGCAGCAAACGGUGGCAAUGGAGCUGGGUCCCGUGCCAACACCAAUGGAGACCGAAUCGUUUGCACGGUUUAUCAUCGAGCCAGGCAUCCGAUCUGUGCCCGCACUUCUGCUAUGUUUACGACGGGCUCUCACCCGUCAAAAGGCUUCCGCACCAUUGCACUCGGGGCCAUGGCAUUCAUCCCAGCGCCGUCCCGGUUCCUCACUUUGCGGGGUGGUUUCACGCAAUUGCCACAGGUUAAUGGCUGCACGUUUACGGUGCUUGGUGAGGGGCUGGCCAAGCUCAUGGUCAUGGACGGCACCUUGGCAGCAGUUUCGAAUGAGCAAUGGUGGAAUGACGUCGGAAACGCCACCAGACUGGUGUAUGGUGGCCUGUGGAACUGCCAGUCGUCAGCUGCUUGGUAUGUGAUGUUCAGCAACACGGGUUCCCGCAGCGCAGCUCUGACUUCUGAGCUCAACAACCCAUUGCCCAAUGCAUCAGGCCUGGACAAUUCGCAUCCGUCGGUUCAGAUGCUCCUCUCCUUCGCGAAGGAGUACGCAAGCAAGUUGCAUCCUUCGGGUAAGCUUCUCAAUGCCGAGCUCGUAGCCCAGGCUCCGGCUCCAACUCCGCAAACCAUCGCACUGAUUGCAGCGCUGAGGCAGAGACGCCGCGCCCAAGUGUCAGCUGACGUGGCUACGAUGCUUGCGAACAUGCUCGGGCGAGGCACAGCUCCCAUCGUCACUGCGGCAGAGGCCAUGGUAGCAGCAGCCCGGCAAAUGCACGCUCGCUUGAAUGGGCCGCUGGUGCCACCCAUGACAGUGGCGAACUGCUCUUUGGACCCAACAGCGCAGCAAGCAGCAUCAACAUUCUGGCACAGCAUCUUGCAGGCCACAUACAAUGGUGGGGUGGCUCCGACCGUAGCAGGUGGCAUUGCGGCUGCUACAGGAGGUGCCUCCCUCGAGGUGGACAGUUGGGUGGCUGGCAAUGUUCAGAUGGCCGUCGAUCUGUGGGGAACUGGCCAGCUCCGCCAUGGCAUGAUCACACGCAUGUGA